AUGGAGUGUGAAGCCGGUCGCGUCACGGACCCCAUUCCCAUCUUGGCGGGUCUCCAACAGGGGUGUCUACUCAGAGGCCUUCUUUUCAACGUCGUCAUUGACCCGAUCAUCCGCGAUGUCCAGGGCGACGACGUCGGCCAUAUCAUCCUGGCCUAUGCGGAUGAUCUCACCGUUCUGGCACCUACCUCUACACUGCUGCAAGGCCGCAUCGACAAGAUUGAGGCCCUCGCCACAGGUCUCCGCCUGUCACUCAUUCCGGCUAAGUGUUCUUCGCUGCACAUGUGCGGCGAGACACCUGUCGACAUGCGGCCCACUGAGUUCUUGGUUUCCGGGGUCCCCAUCACCGCGCUCCUUGACUUCGAGCCACAGCGGUUCCUGGGUCGCCCCGUUGGCUUCCGUCUCGUCUCUUCCACCAGAGCGGUCAUCGACACCGCCUUCGAGAAGGCGCGGGCGAUCCUCAUCGAUGUUGGCGCCGUGGCACCGUCUAGACGCGCUCCGGACCUUUGUCUUCCCGGCGCUCAUUUCCCGAUGAGAUGUGGCGUCUUAACCAAGACGGACUGGCGCCGCCUUGACGACGCCAUUCGACCAUUGGUGAAGCCGGAGCUGAGCGAGGCCUGCCGGGUUGACUCGUCAUACAAGCUCCUGACAACCGCCGACCUUGAGCUCCGAGACCAGGCCUUCACGGACGCCUACUCGGUGGCCUCGGCUCGACUCGGCUGGGAGGCGACCCGCUCUGAGCUGGAGGCCUACCUGACGGGUUCUAUCGAGGAGGCGUUCCGAGCCCCUGCCACGCAGCUGCGGUCCCUCUGGACCAAGGCGCGUAAGGCGUCCCGUCGCCUCAGCGUCACCUGGUCCCCCGACCCAGCGGACGCCCGGUUCACAUGCGGCGACGUCACCCUCACUCCCACACAUCGCUGCCGCGUGAUACGGUCCGAGGUACUGGCCGCGGAUCGAGACCUCACCCUGCACGACCAACCCGAUCAAGGGAAGGUCAUGGCAUGCGUGGCAGCUGAUCGCGCGAGCUCGCACUUCCUGCGGACCGGGGUAUUCACGCACUUGGCAGAUUGA